ACUGUUCUGUGAUUGUAGGUUAGUGUUUAUUUUUUACCUUGAGUAAACAUUGCCAUAGCCAAUAAAUCAUUAUCUUUCUCCAGAAAAAACUUUGUGAAGUUUAAUGAAUUGUGCAGUGUUCGAUUUCUAGGCAGCGAAUUAACUGGGUUGGUUUUAAAAUUAUUAAUUAUCAAGAAAGAUCAUAAUGUCCCAUAGUGAUAGUGAAGUGCGAGAUGAAGAGAAGGAAAGGAGGAGAAAAUUGGGAGCAAUUACCAAAGCUAAAUUUAGGUGUAGAAUCGAUUCCAAUCCCAUCCUCAAAACUAGGGAGUUGAAAUUACACUUAAAACCAAUUCUAGCUGAAUUGAAAUUAAUAAGAUGUGUGAAUAAUAAUAAUGUUGAAGAAACAAAAAACUUAUUAGAAUCUGGAGUAAGUGCAAAUUCAACUGAUUCAAUGAAGAGAAGUGCAUUACACAUAGCGGUGUCUAGAGGAUACAGAGAAGUUGUGGAACUUUUGGUCAAACAUGGGGCGGAUCCUAAUAAACGUGAUAGCAUACAAAAUACACCCCUUCACCUAGCUGCAUGUUCUCAUAAUUUAGCAAUAAUCACACUAUUGAUAAAAGCUGGUGCAGAUGUGGACUCACAAGAUAUGCACGGCAGACAUCCCUUACAACUAGCUAAAAGCAAGUUACAGAUCCUUCAGAGAAAUUGGCAGCAAGGUCACAUAGAAAUGACCAAAUUAAGAGCAGAGGUUAAGGAUGUGAUAGAUUUGAUGAUAUCAGUACAAAAUGCCAAAAACAAAGGAAACAGUGAUUUCGUCCCAAUUAACCCCACAGAAGAAAUGAAAUGGAGAAUAAGUAAUUUAGAAAUUAUGAAAUUAACUUUGAAUGGCAAUAGCGGCAUUGAUUGCAAAGUUGAUGAAUUAUUGACAAGCCUACAGAAUUUUCAGAUAAGUUAAAUUAUUUAUAUUGGGUGGGCUCGAAAAUAAAUGGGAAAGCCAAAUUUUCUUGAUUAUUUUCAUUGUGAAAAAUAGAAAAUUCGUAAAUUAUUUCAAUAUGUACAAAGGAUUGAUUGAUGUAUUGUAGAUGUUUAGAAAAAUUUAAAUAUAUUCUACACUUUUGGUA